AAAAAAAAAAAAACAAUUGUAUGAAGUAUUUCAAGUUUUUGUAACAUAUCUGUAGCCUACAUGUUUAUUGUGAAUGAGCUAUGGAAGUCUUGCACAGUCAAUCGAAUGAGAAGAAGCAUAAAGUUCUUCACUUUUUCAUACGGAACGAAAAAUUCUCAAGAAAUCUUAACAAAUUUGUGCUAAUUGUGCUAGAAAAGGCGGUGCUACUAAAAAUGCAGCCUACUCGAUGUAGAAUAGGGCGCAAAAGUGAAAAUUAUAGUUUUUCUAAAGUAAAUUAAAACUAAAAAAGCAAAUUCACGUGAAUUAUAGAAGACAGACGUAUAUAUGGCACAUAUAUAUAUUUAUCGGCUGCGAACGGGCUCACACAAGGCUACAUCAAAGGAGACCACAAAGUAGAGAAUAAAGAGAAAAGUCAAAAACAAAAACGCAGAAAUAUAGUGUAAUAAGAAAGACGAAAACAUAUGAGUAGGUGUUGCGACUGUGCGGUGGAUAAACGAAUAAAAGCAAAAAGUAAAAGUUUAAGGUGUGUGUCAGAACGCCAGUAAAGCCACAAUAAAAAAAAAAUAAUAAAGAAAAGUGAGUAAAGUGCGAAUAACGAAAUAUUUGCUAAAAUCUAAAAAAACAAAACGAUAUUAGCCAGGAAGGCGUUUUUGGAAUUAAAGGUGGCCAGAAAGUGAACAAGGCAAAAACCUUCAAAAUUCAAAAAUGUCAUAAAACAAAAGGACAGGUAGAGUAGCUGAUAAGAGAAUUAAAACUGAAUAUUUAGAGACAUAGUGGAAGAUAAAACAUUCGAAAUUGUUUGUUUAAGUCUUGCUAUAUGUUUCAUCUUUGUGCAUAAACGGUAUACAUUUAUUAAAUUAGUGAUGAAGAGAAUGAAAAUAAACGAAAGCGUGCAGUACAAAAUAUUACAUUUCAAACAUUUUCCUAUUGACCAAGACAUACAGAUCGAUUCGCAUUACCAAUGAGACAUGCAAAUCGUUUUGCGGAACAGCAGCGACAACAACAUCAACGCUUUCUGAAACAAAUAUACGAUCCACUUUAAGUCCAAACAAUUAAGUUUGAACAUAAAACCAAAUUAGCAAAGAAAAAAAUUGUGUGAAGUCUGCUUGCUAUUUUCAGUGCAUUCUAUGAAAUUAAAUAGGAAAAUAGAAAACUAAAAGACAAUCACAAUCAGAAUAAACGAAAGAAAAUACGAAAUUCUGUAAAUCAAUUGUAGUCAACGAUGGAGUUCCGAACUCGUUCAAAGUGGAUGCUCUUAGAAUUGUUCGUAUUUUGCGGACUGUCGCUGUUUACUCAGGAGGCGGCAGCACAUGUGCUGGUCUAUCGCAGAAUAAAUAGUUUGUUUUUCUCUUUUUCGCAGUUAAUUGAACAGUAUAAUGAUCUGCCAGCGCAAUUCGGUCCGAGUCUACCGGCGAAUGGUAUAAAAGUCUUUGCCAUACCAGCAGCUAAAGAUGAAUAUGCCUGCGGUCCAGUGGACGUGCCACCACGCGAGGGCUAUCCCAAUAAUGCGAAAUAUGUCAUUAUAAUCGAGAGAGGAGGCGGCAUAAACUGUACUUUUGAGAAGAAAGUGCGCAAUGCGCAGGCGUCUGGUUUCGAUGCUGUCAUCGUAUUCAAUAACGAUGGCGAUGAUUUGGAGCAAAUGUCUGCGAAAAAUGCGAGCGGCAUCUAUAUACCGGCAGUGUUUGUUGGCCACACAACUGGCAUAAGUUUGAUGACAUUCUUUACACCAGAAGUGAUAUUGGUGAUAAACGAUGAGCUGCCAUUCAACAUCAAUACACAAUUGAUUUUACCAUUUUCGAUUUUAAUUGGGCUAUGUUUCCUUAUAAUGAUUUUCUACAUGAUUUACAAGUGUGUGCGUGAGGAACGUCGCUUGCGCCGGCACCGCCUACCAAAGAAUAUGCUUAAGAAACUGCCGAUCUUGAAAUACACAAAAAAUUGUGAUCUCUCACAGGACACCUGCGUCAUCUGUUUGGAUGAAUUUGCCGAGGGCGACAAAUUGCGUGUGCUGCCGUGCAAGCAUCCUUAUCAUAGUCACUGCAUUGAUCCUUGGCUAACGGAAAAUCGUCGCGUUUGCCCCAUUUGUAAACGGAAGGUUUUUACGAAACGCCAGCCGCGCGUAAGCAGGACGAAUCGACAAUCUUCAUUGGAUAGUGUAACAGAUACAGACGACGACACAACACCUCUGCUGCCGGCCACACAACCGGCUCGGGUCGGUGGUAGCAGGCAGAAUAGCAGCAAUGCGACAAGCAGCAACAGUGCCGUUAAUAGUGCACGUAGCGCAGUCUCAGCUGGUGGUCGACGCAAUGGUCAUAGUACUACAACAACACGGCAUGGCACUUUUAGGCGUGCACCAACGCACGAUAGCCACUAUGUCACCGAUGUCACUUCCGAUGAAGAGAAUGUACUAGCGUCACAAAACUCCCCCGCCCGCAGUGCACGUCGUGUAAAUCCUUUCGAUCGUAGACCGAAUAUUCCACCGCAUGUUGCCGAACAACUGACCACAAAUAGACGCUCAUUCUGGCGGCUAUCGUUAUUGAGCUUCUUCCGCCGACCACAGUCUAUAAGCGUUGCAGCGCCACACUUCCUCGAGGAAGUCCCUCAGCUACCGAUCAAUGUUGCCAUUGCGAUAGAUGCUGCAAUAGCAACAACAACAGCACGUGCUAAUGCGGCCAGUAGUGCACCAUUAGUUAACACAGCCCCACUAGCAGUGGCUCAUUCAUCGAACAACAUUCUCAAUCCGAAUUUAGCUGGUUCCUUCAAAGAAUGCGAUGAUGAUGACGACGACGACGAUAAUGAGCUGCCGCAGCAAUCGAUAUAUGAGCCAGUCACAGUUAUAACGCGUAAUGAAAAUAAUAAUACGAACGGCAGCGAAAUAGUUGCACCAAGACGACAACAACAGCAGCAGCAGCAGCAGCAAACACAGGUACCAGCGCCAGCCACACGCACGCAACGCAUAUGAGUGUGAACUCCACAGAUGUGGUCGUCACAAACUACUAGAGCUAGCACCAAAUCAGACAUAGCCUUCGAAGUGUGGUGGAGUGAGAAUAGCAACGUUUAUAUUUUAAAUGAAAUGAUAUGUAGAAAUAAGUGAGUUGUAUGUAUACAUAUGCAGGUGUGGUCAUAACAAUAUAUGCGUGUGUGCGUGCAAAAGAAGCGACCACGAGCGUUGGAAGCGUCACAACCUCCGGUGCUAAUGCUGCAGAUGUUAAUGCUUAUUGAGGAAGCUACAAGAAAUUGUGUGACACUAAGUGUGUGGAAACAACUGUAAAUUUUAUAGUUUUAUUAAUUUUUAAUUAUUUGAUUAGAAUUUUACAAAAUGUGUAUACAUAAAAUGUGAUUUAAUAUUGGCUUCGGUAAUUUGUAGUGUGCGUGCUUGUAUACACACAUACAUACAAACAAUACUUAGUUAUAGGAAAAUACGAAUGUAAUUUUUAUCAUCUUACCGCUAUGUAAGUACAUGUAAGCAUAGAUGAGAAUGCAAAAUACGUACUGCAAUUACCAUAGUAAAAACAAAUGCUUAACAAAAAAAAAAAUUAAUUGAAAAUAAACUGUUGCAAGUAAAACUAAUAUAUAUGUGUAAGCAGCAACUAUUAUAAUAUCAACACAGCAACCAAAUUGUCUACAUACGUCAUUCUAAUAAUAAAUAAUUAUAUAAGAAACUGUAUACAUGCAUAUACACAUAUAUAUUUUUGCAAUUAUAAUCUAUUUUUAGUUAAUCAAAAACAAAGACAUUUGUAUUCUUUCAUUUAUUGCCGUUUUGUGCAUCAAAAAUUAAGCUAUUUAUGCAGUUUUAUUUACCACAACACUUCAUACCACAAAUAUUGACAGUUACUGUACUUUGGUCGAACUGGAUAUAUGCGCAUCUGUGGCCAAAAAGUUCAAACUACAAUUUUUCGAAAACAUUUUGAAUAUCAAAUACAACUAAUUUUCUAAAACUUCUUCUUCUGAUGUACAAAAAUUAUGUUGGGUUGGACUCUCAGCUAAUUUUAGCUAAUUUACACUGUUCUACAAGGCAUCUGCAGAAUAUAUGUACAUAUGUUUUUAUACCAACCUACUUAUUCACAUUUGUAUAUGAAGUUCUUUAUUUCUUGCAUCGUACGAUUUUUUAUUGUGUGGCUUUAAUUUAUAUUUACAUUGGUAUAUAUUAUUUUUUUUUACUUAUUGUUCAUCACCUUCACCUCAUAUAUAUGAUGUUUGUGAUUUAACGUAUGCAAUAGAUUUAACUUAAGGUUACCAACUAUAGCAUUGUAAUAACAUGAAAUGACUAAAGGAAAUAUAAUCAAACUUUAACCCGACCUAGGAGAUCGCGUCAAAUGUGAAAUGUAAAUAUAUAUUGUUCCAACAACAAAAUACAUGAAUAAAUGACUAAUAUUUUAUUCCAAAUAAA